GUGUGGAGGAGCCCGAGCGCGCUGAUUGGUCCGGGGAAACCCAUUUAUUCCCUGACAGCCCCCAUCACAUGGAUGGUUGUCUAUUAACUUGUUCAAAAAAGUCUCAGGAGUUGUCAAGGCGGAGAAGAGAGUGUUUGCAAAAGGGGGGAAAGUAGUUCGCUGCCUCUUUAAGACUCGGAGGAGAGAGAACAAGCAAGAAGAGAAGGAGAGAGAGAAAGAGAGAGGGGGAGAAAGCGAAGUUUUGAGCCCCAGGCUCAAAGGAGCGUUUUCUCCCAAAUAAUAAUAACAAUAAUAACUGCGGCGGCGGCGGCGGCGACAGCAGCAGUAGCAGCGGCAGCGGCAGCAGCAGCAGCAGCAGCAGCAGCAGCAGCAGCAGUAGUCCCAGCCGGUGGAGUUUUUUCUUCCUGAUCUUGCCUCCAGUCCGACUUCUUGCUCUGCGUUUUUAAUCGCCUCUUGUCUUAUUUUGUUGGAGACGCGCGCUCCCGACACCCCCACCCUUCUCCUCCUCCCCUCCUCCCCCUCCCCCCGCCCUCGGGUCCCCUGAAAAGUCUCUCCGGCCCGUCCGGGACGCCCGAGGCCGGCCCGGGGAGGUCGGGGGCCCGCGGAGCGCGCGAUCGAGGGAGCGGCACGAUGUACAACAUGCUGGAGACCGACCUCAAGCCUCCCGGCCCGCAGCAAACUUCGGGGGGCGGCGGCGGCGGCGGUGGCGGUGGUGGCGGCGGCGGCCCCAACUCCACUUCGGCGGGCGGCACGAACCAGAAGAACAGCCCGGACCGCGUGAAGCGGCCCAUGAACGCCUUCAUGGUGUGGUCCCGCGGGCAGAGGCGCAAGAUGGCCCAGGAGAACCCCAAGAUGCACAACUCGGAGAUCAGCAAGCGACUGGGCGCCGAGUGGAAGCUGCUGUCCGAGGCCGAGAAGCGUCCCUUCAUCGACGAGGCCAAGCGGCUGCGCGCCCUGCACAUGAAAGAGCACCCGGACUAUAAGUACCGGCCGCGCCGGAAAACCAAGACGCUGCUGAAGAAGGACAAAUACACGCUGCCCGGCGGCCUGCUGGCACCCGGCGGCAACAGCAUGGGCGGCGGCGUCGGCGUCGGGGCAGGCGGCCUGGGCGGUGGCGUCAACCAGCGCAUGGACAGCUACGCUCACAUGAACGGCUGGAGCAACGGCGGCUACAGCAUGAUGCAGGAGCAGUUGGGUUACUCGCAGCACCCGGGCCUCAACGCGCACAAUGCGGCCGCAGCCGCGGCCGCGGCGGCGGCGGCCGCCCAAAUGCAGCCCAUGCACCGCUACGACGUGAGCGCCCUGCAGUACAACUCCAUGACGAGCUCGCAGACUUACAUGAACGGCUCGCCCACCUACAGCAGCAUGGCGUACUCGCAGCAGGCCGCCCCCGGCGGCGGCGCUGGCGGAGGCGGCGGUGGCGCCAUGGCUCUGGGUUCCAUGGGCUCCGUGGUCAAGUCGGAGGCUAGCUCCAGCCCCCCUGUGGUCACCUCUUCGUCGCACUCCAGGGCGCCCUGCCAGGCCGGGGACCUGCGGGACAUGAUCAGCAUGUACCUGCCCAGUGCCGAGGUGCCCGAGCCCGCGGCGCCCAGCAGACUGCACAUGUCCCAGCACUACCAGGGCGCGCCGGUGCCGAGCACGGCCAUCAACGGCACGCUGCCCCUGUCGCACAUGUGAGCCCCGGAGCCCAGCAGGACAGGAACAUUUUUUUUAAAGAAAAAGAAAAAAAGACACAAAGAGACUGUAUGGCAUAGAGAAAGGGGGCCCGCCGCACCACGGGGUGGGAGGGGGGGAAAUGCCCCACCACCUACAGCAAUGACAACUGCAAAGAACUUACACACACAUAUACACACACGCACACACAAGACAAAAACAAUACAAAAACCUAACAGCCACUGCAACACCGAGAAGAAAACUUUUAUUGAGAGAUUCCGGACUUCUUUUUGGGGGGGACUAUUUUUGUACAGAGAACUUGGGGGAGGGGAAGACAAAAAGGGGGGGCUUGUAUAAAUCUCUGAAGGGAAGAAAACUACACAAAACUUUUUAAAAAGUUCUAGCGUGGACGGUAGGAGCUUUGCAGAAAGUUUGCAAAAGUCUUUACCCAUAAUAUUUAGAGCUAGUCUCCAAGUGACGACGAAAAAAAAUGUUUUAAUAUUUGCAAGCAACUUUUGUACAGUAUUUAUCGAGAUAAACAUGGCAAUCAAAAUGUCCAUUGUUUCUAAUCUGAAAAUUUGCCAAUAUUUUUCAAAAGAGAGUCUUCUUGCAGAAUUUCCGAUCACUGCAACUGGAAUUUGGGGCAGUUGCAAACGAGAGAGGAGGGAAUUUCAAUUUGGACAUUUUAAUUGUUUAGAAUCGUACAAAAGGAGAAAAAAGGUUAGAAUACUUGCAAAAAACCAUUUCCGUGGUUUUCUAUAAAAGGGCAAACGUCUUGGUUUUUUUUUUUUUACUUGUUUAAAAAAAGGCAAAAGCUGGCCCCUCCAUGCAGGCUGCCACAGCUGGUAAUUUAUAAUAGCAUUUAUUUCCAAACUUUUCGUUCUGUUUCAAUUUGAACACAAAUGAAAAAACAAAACAAAAAAAAAGGCGAGAGCGACCUGAAAUUACUGUGUUUGAAAUAUUUUCUUAUGGUUUGUAAUAUUUCUGUAAAUUGUGAUAUUUACGGUUUUUUUUUCCUCCCUCAUUUUCGGUAGUUGUAUUUUAAAAACUCGGCUGACCCUGUGUUUCUUUAAACCAGUCUGCCGAGGGUCCAUGUACAUAUAUUUGAACUAAUCCCGUCCUUAUAACAGGUACAUUUUCAACUUAAGUUUUUAUUCCAUUAUGCACAGUUUGAGAUAAUAAAUUUUUGAAAUAUGGACACUGAAA